GGUCGCCCGGAAGUGGAAAAGGUGGCGUCCAUCUCUUGCUCUCGCGUUGGUCUUGAGCUGGUUUGGCGCGGCAGGGCAGGGCGGCGGUCGUUCUCCCGCCGUGAGACGCUGCGAGCAGGGCAGGUCUUGGUUGGCUGGUUGGUGGUGGUGAUGGCGAGGGUGCUGCAAGAGCCGUGUAGCAGAGACAACGCGAGACGAGACGAGGAAGAGGAAGAAGAAGAGGAGAGAAGAAGAAGAGAGAAGAAAGAAAGCGAGAGAUGGAAGCGAAUUCGAGAGCAAGAGAUCAGCAAUUAG